GCAGACAUGAGACAGUUGUUCGUUUUGUUGGUGCUGAUCGGGAUUGGUUAUUCCGCUGCCAAGCUGAAUCGCUUGCGGCUCCACUCGAAUGGUAACUUUACCAAGAGCCACGGAAAUGUGAAGGUGGAGAAGGCCGUCCUGGCGGCCAAGUACUCGUUUUUGGUGGACGCCACAACCAGCUCCAGUUCCAGUUCUUCUUCGUCGCAAACUGAAAAUCUUCAGAAUUCUUUUAACAAGGAGUACUACGGUGUAAUUGAAAUCGGAACCCCCGGGCAGCGGUUCAACAUUCUGUUCGACACGGGAUCGUCCAAUUUGUGGGUUCCCAGUGCCAAGUGCUCGUCCUCAAACAUCGCUUGCCAGAGGCACAACAAGUACCGAUCGGAAGCAUCCAGCACCUACGUGGCGAAUGAUACGGAGUUCGCCAUCGAAUAUGGAACCGGCAGUCUCUCGGGAUUCCUCUCCACUGACACUGUGACCGUGGGAGGAGUCAGCAUCCAAGGCCAGACCUUCGGCGAGGCCAUCAACGAGCCGGGAACCACCUUCGACUAUGCUCCAUUUGCGGGAAUCCUGGGAAUGGCCUUCGAGGCGAUCGCCGUGGACGGAGUCACUCCGCCGUGGGACAACAUGAUUGCCCAGGGACUGCUCGACAAGCCCGUCAUGUCGUUCUACCUGAAGCGCCAGGGCACCGCGGUGCAGGGUGGAGAGCUGAUCCUCGGAGGCAGUGACUCCAGUCUGUAUGUCGGCAGUCUCACCUACGUCCCCGUUUCGGUUCCGGCCUAUUGGCAGUUCAAGGUGAACUCGAUCAAGGUCAACCGCGUGGUGCUGUGCAACGGAUGCCAGGCGAUUGCCGACACCGGAACCUCCUUGAUCGUGGUUCCCCAGGCGGCCUACACCAAGAUCAAUCGCCAGCUGGGCGCCGAGGAUAAUGGCGGUGGAGAGGCGUUCGUGAGGUGCAGCCGAAUCGCAUCCCUGCCCAAAAUAAACCUUAAUAUUGGCGGCACCAUCUUCACCCUGAACCCCAAGGACUACAUCGUCAAGCUGACCCAGAAUGGAGUGACCUACUGCAUGUCCGGCUUCACCAGUAUGGGCAGCAUCUCGUUCUGGAUUCUGGGUGACUUGUUCAUUGGCAAGUUCUACACGGAGUUCGAUAAAGGCAACGAACGGAUUGGUUUUGCCAGGGUGGCCAACUAUUAGGCGUCUUCAUAUGGCUUACAAAUUACAAAAUUUGAGUA